AUGCCUGAACUUAUCGAGUUGUCCGAAAAGUUUGUGAUGGUGAAUGUAGAAGAUGAUGAUGAGCCAGAAGAUGACAAAUACGCUCCUGAUGGUGGAUACAUACCGCGAAUCUUAUUCCUAGAUACUGAUGCUGAGCCUUUGAAGACCAACAAUGGAGCUAAAUAUAAAAAUAACAAAUAUUUUUACCCACUCGUUCCACAGGUGCUUGAUGGAAUGCAAAAAGCGCUCGACGAGUUUGAGGCCAAAUCAGGGAAAACCGAGCUG